AUGUCGUGGCUGUCCAGUCGAUCCCUGGCCCUCGCUUCCAUAGCCGUCGUGCUCGCUCUUCUCCUGUCGCCCAUCUCCCUCACAGACAUUGCCGCCAAAACAGCAGCGCCCUUCCGGCAGCCGAGUUCGAGCUCCUCGUCCAGCUCCAAAAACACAUCAUCGUCGCCCGCCGCCCCAAUGACCAAACCGCCCGUCUACUUCUUCAGCCACGGAGGCCCCACCGUCCAGUAUGACACACAGCACGCCGCCUACCCGGUCCUGCAGCAGAUUGGCAGGGAAAUCACACAAAAGGUCAAGCCCAAGGCCGUCGUCGUGUUUUCCGCGCACUGGCAGGGCGCAAGGGACGAGAUUUACGUCAACAAGGACGAGCACGCCGACUUGAUAUACGAAGUCGCCAAUAGCUUCUACGGAUUCCCCGACCAUUACUACCAGGCCAAGUAUCCGAACAAGGGCGACGCCCAGCUCGCCAGCAGGAUCAUGGUGAUGCUGUCCGAGGCCGGCAUCGCAAGCAGAGGCGUGAGCCGCGGCCUCGACCACGGCGUCUGGUCGGGCUUCACCGUCGCAUUCGACCCCGAGACCAACCCGCUCAACGUGCCCCUGGUGCAGGUGUCGCUGUUCAAGUCGGAGUCGCCGUCGGCGCACUACGCCCUCGGGCGGGCCGUGUCGGCCCUGAGAGACGAGGGCGUCGUCAUCAUCGGCGCCGGCAUGUCGGUCCACAACCUGCGCGACCUGCACUCCGUCUUUGACGGCGACGGCGCGCCGCUCCCCUACACGGUCAGCUUUGACAAUGCGCUCCGGGAGGCGGUCGAGGCGGACCCGGCCCAGAGGGAGGACAGGAUGGCCGCCGUGUGCGCCCGGCCCGACGCGCGCCAGGCCCAUCCCUACAUGGACCAUGUGAUGCCCGUGUUUGUGGCGGCCGGCGCGGCCUACGAGGACAGGGGCAAGCAGACGUGGACUUUUCACGAGGGGAGCAUGGGAUGGGCGCAGUACCGCUUCGGCCAGUUGCCCGAAUGA